AUGGAUGAAUUUCUUCACACGCUGGCUUCUCGUGACGAGGACAAUGGAGCAGCUCGUGGCAGGCGGGCAUUGGUCGUGACUGCUGUCUUGACCGCGUUUUCUGUUGUCAUUGUUGCAAUGCGAUUGUAUGCUCGACUUGGUUUGAUGAAAAUCACCGGCCGUGAGGAUUGGGCUAUCUUAAUCUCACUGUUCUUCUCCAUAAUUUAUCUUGCACUAGUUGCUGCCCAAUUCCACUACAGUAUGGGUGUCCACUCUGCGUUGCUUUCCAGUCAUGUGUUACAGCAACAGCUUAAGUGUUUGUGGGCUGCGAUCCCCAUGUACAACGCCAGUCUGGCCUUCACCAAAUUUUCCAUUCUUUUCCAAUAUUUACGAAUUUUCCCAGGCCGUCCCUUCCGUAUCGCAUGUUACGUGGUGAUGGCCAUCGUUGCUGCAUACUCCAGCUGGGCCAUCGUGAGUGGUUACGUGAACUGUGUGCCCGUGGCAAAAUUCUGGAAUCACGAUCUCCCGGGUAACUGUCUGAACUUCGAAGCCGUCUGGUUCUUCAAUGCUUCCAUGAACAUCGCCACCGACGUUGCCCUGCUUAUGUUGCCCAUGCCGCUACUUUCUCAGCUGCAACUACCUCGCAUGCAGAAAUGUGCACUGAUCGGUAUUUUUGCGAUUGGUGUCCUGGUCGUUGUGACUAGUAUCCUCCGCCUAUCGAGUCUCCGCGAGGUAGCCAACAGCCCCGACACAUCCUACAGCAAUGUCGACGCUGCUUACUGGACAGCCGCGGAAUGCAACGUAGCAAUUAUCUGCGCGAGUCUACCCUUCUUGCGACCAAUCAUUAGCCGCAUCUUCCCCAAGCUCCUCUCUACAAACAGCUACAACCGUUACCAGAGCACCAGACCUGCUGGAACAACUGUCACAGGCACUCGCACCCAAACACGCCAUACUCAGCUCUUCAGCCAGAACCAAGACAAGGAGUUUGACAUGUAUUCGAUCAACGUCAAGCCCGGUGACCGCACCAGUCAUAGCUCAUUUGGUGGUAUCGAAGUUACCACAGAGAUGACUAUUGUGCAGGAGGGCAAUAAGCCCGGUAACACCAGUGAGCAGAGGCUGGUCAUGGAUGCGUGA